CUUCCUCUUUCCCCAGACGGUGCUCUGUCAAGCCGGGUGGAGGAGGGGCUCUCCGUGUGCGUGUUUCAUAACCAGUCGGUGGUGGUGUGUCUCCUUCCUUCUCAGAGGAUCAAAAAUGGCAACGAUAAGGACUCUCAGGAAACUGUGCCAGCACUUCCAGCAUCAAGCCAGUAGCCUGCACACGUCCGCCUCAAGGGCAGAGGCGGUGGUCAUCUCAGGGAGGAAGCUGGCACGUCAGAUCCGGGAAGAAACCCGGGCCGAUGUGGAGCAGUGGGUCUCAACCGGCAACAGGAGACCCCACCUGAGUGUCAUUCUCGUUGGAGAAAACCCAGCAAGUCACUCCUACGUUCUCAACAAGACUCGGGCUGCAGCCGACAUCGGAAUCUCAAGUGAGACAAUUCUCAAACACUCAGAGAUCAGCGAGGAGGAGUUACUGGACUUAAUUUAUAAACUCAACACAGAUCCCCGUGUGGACGGCCUGCUGGUCCAGCUACCGCUGCCAGACCAUAUUGACGAGCGCACGGUCUGCAAUGCAGUGGCUCCUAACAAGGAUGUGGACGGUUUCCACGUGGUCAACGUAGGCCGCUUGUGCCUGGAUCAAUCCACCAUGCUUCCUGCUACUCCCUGGGGAGUCUGGGAAAUAAUCAAACGCACAGGUAUUCCCACCUUUGGGAAGAAUGUCGUAGUUGCAGGACGCUCCAAGAACGUUGGCAUGCCCAUCGCCAUGUUACUGCACACAGACGGCGGUCAUGAGAGGCCAGGAGGUGAUGCCACGGUCACUAUUUCUCACCGUUACACUCCAAAGGAACAGCUUUGCCAGCACACUAAAAUAGCCGACAUUGUUGUGGCUGCUGCAGGAAUACCCAACCUGAUCACAGCUGACAUGAUCAAAGAGGGAGCUGCUGUGAUCGAUGUCGGAAUAAACAGAGUGCAGGAUCCUAUCACUGGAAAGAGCAGACUGGUUGGAGAUGUGGAUUUUGAAGCUGUGAAAAAGAAGGCAGGAUUUAUCACACCGGUUCCCGGGGGUGUCGGACCCAUGACUGUGGCCAUGCUCCUGAAGAACACCGUCAAAGCUGCCAAAAGCGUCCUGCAGUUCCCACCAGAGAGGAUCCGCAUGGCUGUCGCAUCCUAAUAGGGCCGCACAGUAAACCUGAGCAACAGUGACACAUUCCUCCCAGCACUACCCCCUUGUUUUCUUACUUGGAGCAGCACAGCAAGCUCCACUUUGCACACAGAGUGGAAAGAUGAUCGCUUGGAGGCUCUUCUUUCUGAGUGUCAAGUCCAGCCAUUUUUAGCCUGUUACACUAACUCAUGCAGCUGCAUGUGCUUUGUAACAGUAUUUAUCAUUUGCAAUGUAUGUCUUUGAUGGUUUUAAAGAGAUUGUUUCUAUUUAUUGCUACAGAGAUGCAAUAUUUUACACAUAAAUGCAGACAUGUGGCAAUACAUGACACUAAGAAGGAGCAGUGAAGCAGAGUGAAAGAGUCCUGCUUUUUUCAGUUAGUUUAGCCUGAUGUAAGAGUACGUUAAGGGCUAUAAGGAACAAGAUUUAUUACAAUACGAGCUUUAAAGAUUCACUAUUGCCUUGCAAAAACAAUGAAAUAAAUGUUGCAUUUUUCUGA